UCUCUGAUGCAUACCUUGCACUUCGUAACAUCAUUCGAACACCUGGACAUGUUGUAAUCCGUUUGACACGUGGUUUGGUAUCACAAAUUUUCUUUGCGGUGUUUAUAAGGAAAUUUUGCUCUAAGAACUUUCAAUAUUUCAGAAGAAAUGGCCAAGAGAACCCAGCCAGUUUGGCAUCUGCCAGAAGGAAAGCAUCGCACAUCGCUUCGAUUGUACAAUAGUUUAACUAGAGAAAAGGAAAUAUUUAUCCCACAAUUUGGGAAUCGUGUUCUGUGGUACAGUUGUGGACCUACUGUCUAUGAUGCAUCACAUAUGGGCCAUGCGAGAUCUUAUAUAUCUUUUGAUAUACUACGUCGUGUACUAUCAGAUUAUUUUGGAUAUGAUGUUUUAUACGUGAUGAACAUUACUGAUGUAGAUGAUAAAAUUAUAAAAAGAGCAAGACAGAAUUACCUGUGCGAAAAAUAUGUGGGAGAAAACCAUAGUCUUGAUAACAUAGUAGAUGAUGUGAAAGAAGUAAUGUUAACUUUUGAGAAUACUGUAAAAACUACAACUGAUCCAGAUAUAAAGUGCAUGCUAGAGAAGAUAUUAUACAAAAUGACAGAAGCUAUUGAAAAUUUGGCAAAAGCAAUUAUAGAUAAGGAUAAGAACAAGAUUGCAGAAUUUCAAGAAGCAUUGUUGAAAGAGGCUAAAGAUCCUUUAUCAGACUGGCUAGAUAAAAGAGAAGGUAGCACCGUUACAGAACACUCAAUAUUUAAUAAAUUGUCUCAACACUGGGAAUCAGAAUUUCAUAAAGAUAUGGAUGCUUUAAAUGUAUUAAAACCAAAUGUAUUGACAAGAGUUAGUGAAUAUGUUCCUGAAAUAAUAGCAUACAUACAACGAAUAAUAGAUAAUGGACUUGCUUACGAAAGUAAUGGAUCGGUAUAUUUCGAUGUGAGCAAGUUUGAUAAACAAGAAAAACAUUAUUAUGCCAAGCUAGUGCCAGAAGCAUAUGGUGAUACAUCAAGCCUACAAGAAGGAGAAGGUGACUUGAGCACUACAGAAGAUAAACUCUCUGAGAAGAGAUCAGUGACAGAUUUUGCUCUUUGGAAACAUUCAAAGGCAGGUGAGCCUUGGUGGGACAGUCCUUGGGGCAAAGGACGUCCAGGAUGGCAUAUUGAAUGCUCGGUCAUGGCGUCUGUAAUUUGCGGAGAGAGUUUAGACAUUCACACAGGCGGCGUAGAUCUCAAAUUCCCUCAUCACGACAACGAACUUGCACAAGCGGAAGCGUAUUUCGAUAAUUCUUAUUGGGUUAGAUAUUUCCUGCAUUCCGGUCACUUGACUAUAGCUGGCUGCAAAAUGUCGAAAUCGUUAAAGAAUUUUGUAACGAUACAAGAUGCUUUAAAGAAACACUCGGCAAGACAGCUAAGACUUGCAUUUCUUCUGCAUUCGUGGAAAGAUACAUUAGAUUACAGUGAUAAUACUAUGAAUAUGGCUGUUCAGUAUGAAAAAUUUCUUAAUGAAUUCUUUUUGAAUGUAAAAUGUAAGCUUAGAUGCUUGGAAACGAAAAUUAGCUUUAAUUGUUUUACUAAGUGGUCUGAUUCUGAAAUGGAACUCAAUGAAAAGUUUCGUCAUGCUAAGCAUUCUGUACAUGAAGCCUUAUGCGAUAAUAUUGAUACCAGAACAGUGCUCGAUGUGAUACGAGAACUUGUGGCGAUUUGCAAUGUGUACAUGUGUCAAAAUAAGAAUCCAAAUACUCUUCUUCUUAGGGAUAUUAGUGUAUAUGUUACGAAGAUAUUUACUAUUUUUGGAGCCAUUCCGUCUUUAGACGAUUCGAUUGGAUUUCCAAUUGAUGACGAGGCAGUGGGUUCAAAUGUUGAAAAGACUAUUAUGCCAUAUCUUGAAAUUCUGGCAAAUUUCCGAGAGAAAGUUCGAAACUAUGCGAAAACAUUGAAAGCCAAUGAUAUUCUGCAAGAGUGCGAUAAACUGCGCGAUGAUAUCUUGCCAAAUGUUGGAGUACGGUUGGAAGACAGUAAUGAAGAGGCCUUUAAGGUAAAAUUAGUUAACAAGGAAGAAUUGCUGAAGGAGAAAGAAGCUAAGAAAAAGUUAGAACUUGAGAAAACCUUGGAGAAAGAAAGGAGGAAAGCAGAAGCUGCCAAUGCAGCAGCGGAAAAGGAAGCACAGAGAAGAAUACCGCCGAAUGAUAUGUUUAGAUUGGAAAAAGAUAAAUAUUCUCAAUUUGAUGAUAAGGGUUUGCCAACACACGAUGCCGAAGGUAAAGAGAUCAGCAAAGGUUUAUUUAAGAAAUUACAAAAACUACAGCAGGCGCAAGAAAAAAGAUAUAAUGAAUAUUUAGCUUCUAUACGGAACGAUAGCGUAUGAGAAUUUAUCAUGCGAGAUUAUAGAUUCAUUUAUCAACUUGCAUUGCGCGGCAAAGAAUGGUGGUUUUGUACUUCACAAUUGUAUCACUGCUUUAGUAAUGUUUAGGAAGACAAAUCUGAUUAAAUUGUUAACUUAA